GACCGGACAGGCAGUAACAGCCCUGGGUGAGGCCAGCGGCCCAUCCCUCUCUAGAAGCUCGCGCCAGGCCUCGGUGGCUUCAUCAUGGAUGUAACUGUUGCUGAGUAUAUCCGAAGAACUGUACUAAAAAUCCCACGAGAUGAAAUCAAGACAAUGCUACGGAAAUGGGGCUUUCUCUCUGAGACACAGCUGCAAACCAUAAACUUCCAUCAGAUAAAGGAGAACAUUUCUCAAGAUGUUGUUCAACUUUGUGAGGAAAAUUCUGCAGACAUAAAGCAAGCAGCUGUCCUAGACAUAAUUUAUAACCACAUCUACCCAAACAAAAGAGUGUGGAGUGUUUACCAGAUGAACAAAACAGGGGAAGAAACGGAAUUUUUUGACUUAACAGAUUUCAAAAAAAAAUUUAAAAGACGACUUCGGUCAGCCUUGAAAAAUGUCACCAUCAACUUUAGAGAAUAUGAGGAUAAUGCAGUCUGGAUUAGAAUUGCCUGGGGAACACCAUAUACAAAACCAAACCAGUACAAAACCAGCUAUGUUGUAUACCAUUCACAGACUCCCUAUGUCUUCAUUUCUGUCUCAGUGCUUAAGAGCAACUUGCCUCUGCUAUGUCAGGCCCUGGUUGUUGCUUCCAAUUACCACGACAUCCAUGAAAUGGAGCUUCGAAGUCAUUCUUUAAACUCCCUUAAAGAUAUUGUGUUUAAGAGAUAUAGCCAGAACUUCCAAACUUACUAUCCGAGACCUCUACAAGAAAGGAACGUGGCACCAGAAAAUGGGGAUUUAAGGAUAAUUCAAGAAAACAGAAAUGAGAAAGAAAGAAUACAGAGAGUGAAUCAGGAAGUUUUUGGUGAUGGUCCCCAACCAAAACUCGAAUUUGCACAAUACAAGCUUGAGACAAUGUUUAAAAGUGAUCCUAAAAUGGAUGUUUUGGAUGAAAAAGAACCAUUCAGAUGUCUGGUCAAGUUUUCUAGUCCACAUCUUUUAGAAUCGCUGAAAUCCUUGGCACCAGCAGGUAUGGCCGAUGCACCACUUUCACCACUACUUACAUGUAUACCACAAAAAGCUAGGAAUUAUUUUAAAAUUAGAGAGAAAAAAGGUUUCUUUCCUGAAAGAUUUGUAAGCCCUUAAUUUAAAACUGAUUCAUGGAGAAAUAUACAAUUCAUUUAUUACUGGUAUUAAUCUAAAUCUUCAUAAACUUUUAAAACAAAUUUUUAAAAAUUAACUUGUUCUUUGAUAAUACCUUAAAGUUUUUUCUGAAUUAUGGCUUCUUUGAAUUAUUUUUCCACAUUUGUCUUUAACAGAAGAGUUAGCCCUUUCCUUAAAUAAUAAAAAACCACUAGUUGCAAAGUUUAAACAGAGAUCAUGGUUAUUUUACAUGUAAAUGUGAUGACUGCUCCUAACUGUAUUUUUAACAGUAUUUGUGAAAUUAAAGCUAGCUAAAGCUUAAUAAAGAUACAAUAAGACAGCUGUAGCUAUUCAGU